AGAAGGAUGUAAACAGAUAUAACGCACGGCUGAUCAGUUGUUGGAUGUGAAAAUGGGCACAACAGUCAUAUUUUACUCCCAACAUACGAGCCGUUGAAGACUCAGUGCCUGACUUUAGUUUAUAACGGGAUUGUUCCUCACUGAGUGUUCAGUCAUUUCUCCUCAGACUGCUUCAUUAACGCGGGUCAGUAAGUUAAAGCAGGGUUUGCCACAAGAUUAAACCUCACUGAUGGAUCCAGGACCAACAAUGCAUGACCUAGCUUAAGAUUUGAGUAUGUGGAGCUGUGACGGUGUACAGAAGAUUAUUAAAGAGGAGCCAGAAAACACAGGAGACACUGAAGAACACAGAGACUUGAUGAAAGUGAAGGAGGAACAAAAUGAAGAAGAGAGAGCAAUAAUGAAGGAAUCUGGAGAUCUAGUUGGAGAAACAGCAUCUAAACCUGCGGAAGCUGGAGUAACUUUCACCUGUCCUCAAUGUGGAAGGAGCUUCAGGAAUAAAAGCCUUCUCAGGAGCCACAUUAACGUCCACUUCAACGAGAGACCGUUCACAUGCACCCAAUGUGGGAAGAGCUUUAAAAGUAAAUCAGUGCUUACUAAGCACGCUAGUAUCCACACUGGAGCCAAACCUUACUCCUGCCUGCAGUGUGGAAAGAGUUACAGGUUAAAAUCAGGCCUCGGGAAACACAUGACGCUCCACAGCGAUGAGAAACCCUUCACAUGCUCUUACUGCGGGAAGAGUUUCCGACUUAAAACUCAGCGUGAUGACCACCAGCGCAUUCACACUGGAGAAACGCCAUACGCUUGUGACGAGUGUGGGAAGAGCUUCAAAUGGCCGACCUGUCUCCGGACACACAAGCGCUUUCACUCCGGAGAAAAGCCGUUUGAGUGUGAUCAGUGCGAGAGGAAGUUUGCCUGCAAAUCAGAUCUAAAGGACCACAUGGUGAUCCACACUAAAGAGAAGCCGUACCUGUGUUCGGUGUGCGGGAAGAUGUUCGCGUGGCUCUACAGCUUUAAGACGCACCAGAAAACACACACUGGUGUGAAGGAGUAUCAGUGCGCGGACUGUGGGAAGGCUUUUAUUACGUCUACGGAGUUGAAAGUGCACCAGAAGAUCCACACUGGAGAGAGACACUACAAGUGUUCAUCCUGCGAGAAGAGCUUCAGACAUGCUGGAGCUUUAAAACAACACCAGAACAUCCACACCAGAGAGAAGUCCUUCAAGUGUCAUCGCUGUGGAAAGAGAUUCGUCAGUUCCUGUUCUGCGAUGAACCACAGACGCAAACAUUGCCCGAAAUUACAAUUAAAAUGUGAGUGAUUAGAAAAACAAGAGAUUAAAUAUGGUUCAUCAAUGAA